AUUCAAGAUGGAGAACAUCUUUGACCACUAUGAUCUGUUGGAGGUGAUGGAAGGAACAGAGAAGCGCCCCGAGAACGACCCGGAGAAGAGCCCGUGGGUGCGGAAGAGCGCACAAGGCUAUCUUCUACUUGGGCAAGCGUUGGGGAGCAGCCAAAUCCGUCACAUCAAGCCUUUUCAGCGUGAACCAGCAAAGGGACCAAAGGCAUGGGCUGCUCUCAAGGGUGUACAGGCUCCAAGAACAGCAGCGGUGGCUAAGGUUUUGUAGUGGCAAAUGGCGGCACUUCGAUUUGACGAAGGCGAACGGGUGGAGGAAGGAGUGCAGAAAUUCUUUGACUUGAUGACACGGCUCGAAGGAGGUGACCUGAACUACAGUGACCUUCACAAGAAGACCAAGCUACUGGCCAUACUUCCGGACUCAUGGUCCUUGCUCAUCAUCAACCUAAAUCGAGUUCUGCCCCGCCUCUCGCUCGAAGCUGUGAAGCGGGAAAUAGUACAAGAAGAUUUCCGUCGUCGCGAAUUGGCGGUCCCGAUAGUGCCAGAGUUGCAAGCAUGGGUCGUGGGCAUGACCGUGGAAGGGGUAGAGGGCGAGAAGGCAGAUUUGGUAGCAAUAACUUCAAUGGAGGCCGUGGAAAUGGACGAUAUGGCAGCAACAACAACAAUAAUGGCUACGGGCGUGGGCGCGGUCGAUUUGAUGGCGAAUGCCACUUUUGCCACAAGACCGGCCACAUGUGGAGAGAUUGCUUUAGAUUGCCCGAUGGAUGGGCCCUUUCUCAAGGCCAAGAGGACAGAGGAGCAAGGGGAGGAAGAGGCAGAGGUCAUGGAGGCUGUGGUGGUCGUGGAAGCGAAGCGGCAAGCAUGAAAGGUGGAGACUACGAGACAGGCCUUAGUGAAGAUCAAUACCCGGGCCAAUUCUUCUUUGUCUCCACGCAAGCGGCAGCUGCAGCAUGUGCUGUGGAAAGCUUUUAGGUCACCGUUCACUCUCUGGAAUUUUGGGUGAUCGAUAGCGGCGCCACCUAUAGCAUAACAACUCGUGCGGACUUGCUCACCAAACUCGAACUGUCGCUGGUCAAGCAUGUUACAUCAGCUUUGGGACAGCGAGCAGAGUGAAAGGCAUGGGCAAGGCCAUAUUCAAGGGUGCUGAUGGGAAGAUGGUGGGCCUCAAGAACGUGCUUUGGGUGCCCAACCUUGCAGCCAACCCGAUUUUCGUGUGUCGUUUACAAAAGGCCGACAUGGACACAUCUUCCAAGGGAUCCAAAACUUAUACCGCGAGGCUUGGUGGGCAGAUGGUUUGGGACCUUUAUAAGGACAAGGACAUCUACAAUAAGAUGUGUCAAAUCCCAGUGGUCCCCAUGCCAAAGGAGAGGCAAGGGGCAGCAAGCGUCAGCACAAAGACUAAAGCAGUUGGUGGCGG